GUGCAUGGUCCGUACGCAUAUUCAGAAUACACGAUACGACUUAGGACUGAACCACGGCGUUCUGAGCUCUCAGGAUUCUUCAAUUCUAUCGAGGAAAUACUUCACUUUUUCUUAUAUUUAUCAACCGGUGUGUUUAUCAACUAUGGAGAAUACGCUGAAGACACUAUCGGCGUUAUUAUUAGUGUUACUGGUGGUCUGCUUAACAGGAGUUAGAAGUCAAUGUGGACCCGACCAAUUCAAGUGCGGGAACGGAAAAUGUAUCCCACAAAUUUGGACUUGUGACCAGGAAGACGAUUGCGGCGAUUCUUCUGAUGAAGCUGACUGUCCACCCAGAACAUGUAGUUCUACAGAGUUUGAAUGCAGGAGUGAGCACUGUAUCCCAGGAAGAUGGCAUUGCGACGGUGAUCUAGAUUGCGCUGAUGGUUCCGAUGAGGACGCCUCUCGAUGUGCCCAAAAGACCUGUCGAGCCGACCAGUUUAGUUGUGGUGAGAGUAGCACCUGCAUCCCUAGGGGCUGGGUUUGCGAUCAUGAUCUGGACUGCGAAAACGGCCUGGAUGAGAUGGAUUGUGCCGAGGUGACGUGCCCAGCCAACGCGUUCACAUGCAGCAACCAGAAGUGCAUCACGAUCCGCUGGCACUGCGACCACGAAGAUGACUGCGGUGAUAACUCCGACGAGCAAGGUUGUCCGGAGCCCACCUGUGCCCCGACCGAGUUCCGCUGCAACAACUCCUUCUGUAUCCCCCAGCGCUGGGUCUGUGACGGGGACAGUGAUUGCUUGGAUCACUCAGACGAGCCGGCUUCGUGCGAGGCCACGCCCUCCACACCUUGUACUAACAGAGAGUUCGCUUGCUCCAACGGGGAUUGCAUUCACGAAUCGUGGAACUGCGACGGAGAUAGGGACUGUGUUGAUGGAUCCGAUGAACUUGAUUGUAGACUGGAGACUUGCGCCGGCUUCCAGUUUACAUGUGACAAUGGCAUGUGCAUUGAUGGCUCCAAACAAUGCGACUCGGUGCAUGAUUGUGUUGAUGGUUCUGAUGAGACCGGGUGCUCUGUACCUUCUAGUCAAUGUCAAGAGUACACUGAGUUUCAGUGCCCCAGCGGAGUCUGUAUUUCAAUGGACCGAGUCUGUGAUCAGCAGAACGACUGUGGAAGUUGGGAGGACGAACCAACGGGCAACGUUUGCUAUACCAACGAGUGCGAUGUCAACAAAGGUGGUUGCCAUCACGACUGUACCGACCUCCCAAACGGUUUCUACUGCUCGUGUCGUUCCGGCUACGAGCUUAUUGACGGCCGCUGCAACGACAUCAACGAAUGUAAGACCAUCCCUGGUAUCUGUAGUCAGCGCUGCGACAACCUAGAAGGUCACUACAAGUGCACCUGCGACGACGGCUACAUCCUGGAGCACAACACACACUGCCGAGCCACGGGACCUGACCCUCUGAUCUUAUUCGCCAACCGACAUGACAUCCGGUCCUUCGACGUCCAUACCCGACUCUACAGGCCGCUGUACUCCAACCUCGAGAGCGCCGUGGCUUUAGACUUUGAUGUUCAGUCUGAUUCUCUCUUGUGGACUGACGUGGCUGAUGAAAAAAUCUACGUGGGUGAUUUCCAGGCUGGCACGAACAAUCCUAUCGCGCUCAUGGACCGCGUCGAGACUGCUGACGGAAUCGCCAUGGAUUGGAUCUAUCGUAAGGUCUACUGGACCGACACUGGUAACAACUCGGUGGGCGUGACAUGCUUCAACACAGGAGACACGAAGACACUCUAUACUGAAAACAUCGACGAACCAAGAGCAAUUGUCGUGGAUCCAGAAACUGGGUUUAUGUUUUGGACUGAGUGGGGACAGAAGCCGAGCAUCGAGAGGGCAGGCAUGAACGGCAACUUCCGUUCUUCGAUCGUUACUAUCGAGAUACAGUGGCCCAACGGUAUGGCCAUCGACUAUGCAAGUGAGAUGCUGUACUGGAUCGACGCCAAGCUACACACCCUCAGCACCGUAGAUUUCAACGGUAACAACCGCCGCACCAUCCUGGAGAGCCACUCCCUCCUGCCUCACCCGUUCUCCAUCUCCGUCUUCGAGGACCACGUCUACUGGACGGACUGGGAGAGAGAGUGCAUCACGAGAGCGAAUAAAUUCACCGGCAUGGAUCGGGAAACACUCCUGACAACACUCUACUCACCCAUGGAUAUCCAGAUCUACCAUCCGCUCCGUCAGCCAAACCGUACAUCAAACCGUUGUGGAAGCGACAACGGUGGUUGUUCUCACCUCUGCGUCGUAGCUCCCCAUAUCUCGGAGAGCUCAGCUCCAUACACCUGCCUGUGCCCUGACGGCGUAGAUCUCCUUCCAGACAUGCGUACCUGCCGGGGUUCCUUCCCCCAACCACCCCAUGUUCCCGAUGUCUCCACAUCCAAGCCCCAGCCUACCGCCAUUGUCAAACCUACAACCAUGAGCAACGAAAUACUGAAACCGGAUACCAAGACCACAAGUCCCGACGACAACAACAACGUAGUGAAACCAAGACCACAAGAGGGAGACCACGACGGGCCCCCCGUCUUUGUUCCUAUUGCAAUCGGCAUCUUUUUCGUGCUGUGCGUUUUGGUCCUCAUAGCUGUUGUUGUCUACAGGAAAUAUUUCAGAAACUCAAAGCGCACCAUGCAUUUUGACAACCCCGUUUACCGCAAGACGACAGAAAACCAGUUUUGUUUAUCACAGCCUAACGCUUACGAGCACAACCCAGGAGGAGGGAAAGCUUACAAGCCUAUAAUGAAUCCAGAUGAUGUAGCAUAGCCUUCUUUGAGAGUUGAAGAAAACUAGGAUUCGUCAUUGAUGCAAUCGAGCCAGCAUCUUCGCAGGCAUGUUUCUUGUAAAUAAUUAUUGUCUUCACUUGUCGCUAGAAUUAGAAAUUCAAAAUCUAUAAAAAAAAAAAAAGCUAAGAAAAAAAAAAUUAGAGUAGGGUGUAAGCGGUGACACAUGGAGAUUAAGAAUGGUGUGCAAAAAACUUUGAUGCGUUUUUUGUACAUUUGAACAAAGGAAAAAACUUUUUAAAAUUGUGGUUAAAAAGUCUGUAGAGAAUAAUAGAUUAGAAAAUGUUAGAUCAGUUUGUAGGAUAGUCUAGAAAACUUGUGGAAAUUCACUUCAAUUGCAUUGAUGACGAAACUAGGUAAUUUAAGGAACAUAUGUAUUUAUUAUUUGGAAAGGAAUCUAUUUUGGACACAUCAGAGUGCAGUCAACACUGGGAGGAAAUACUCCACAGAACGAGUUUUUAUUUUCGCUUCUUGAAAGAUGCUUUUUUGGGUUUUGUUUGUUAUUGCUCAAAACGGAAGAAAACAAGAUUUAGUUGAAUGUACUUUGAUUUGUAUCAAAUGAAUUGGGGGCGGUGGUGUCGCUGACGUCAUUGCUAUCAUGGAAGAGUUGCGAUGGGGUACCAUGACACGUUCCUCCAUGACCACUCGCUAACCAUGAGGCGGAAGAUUGGAGAACUGAACGAAGAAAACUAAAAAAAGAAAGAAAUACGAGCCCCCUUUAGCCAACUCCUUGCAAUACAAUAAAAUGCUGGUAUAUUACGCUAGGUGCACCAGCGCAAGAAUUGCUAUUGUAUAGUUUAUUAAAAAAAAAAAAAAAAUGUGUUCCUUAUUAUGCAAAUGCAAUGCAAAGAAGUGUUCAUUGUGUAUAGGACGAUUAUUUGUGCGUAAUAAAUUGAAAAGCUCAUUCAAAAGCGGGCAAAUUUCAAGAAAUAUUACCAAAGCAAUGAAAGUUGCAGCACUUUUUGUUGACAGAAUUUAGGCAGCUGAGAUAGUUGUGGGAUAAAAAUGCACCGAUUUAAGUAAUUAAUAGCAUAUCCGAAACACUGCACGCAUGUAAAUAUUUUGUCAGUGUGGGAGGAAAAUUUGAAAUAUAUUAACACUUAAAAUUUGGGGCAAAUAGUAUUGAAAGACACAAAUCUGGUCAUGGUAGUUUUUUGUUUGGCAUUCUGGAGCACUUGGACGGGGUUUCAGAAAUAAAAAACUAGCCAGUAACAAUGAAUCCUAAAGUACAUCUUCUGUUGAGGCAUGUGGUAUGCUGAAAAGUCCAAAAAACUAUGCAGUUAAAGGGUACAGUUUUUUGAAGGGUACAGUUUUUAAACCUGCCAAGCACGGUCGUGCCCUCUAGUCUGGUAGCGAUUAGGCUGUAAAGCAGCACGUCUUUGAUACCUGUACUUGUAUCGACCAGAUCAGUCGAGUACUAACUGUAUUUGGGACUUGUUAUUUAUUAUUACUUUACAUAUUGCAAAUAUUUACAUAUACAUAUUUAUGAUAUAAAUAUAUAUAUAUGUUGUAGGAACAGUCAUACACAGUAGCUUUAUGUAAACAUGCAAAGUCGUUUUUAUUUACCGUGUCCAUGAUAAACAGUUUUUUUUUGGGGGGGGGUGAAAAUCCCAAGUUAUGUUGUUUUCUGGUGGCCCAGAAAGGCCAUCGUAUCUUAUGUAUAUAUAACCGCUUUUUGUUUUUUGUUUCAUAUGUACUCAAAUUUGUAUAUAUUAUAAAAAAGAGAUAUAAUUUUGUAUAAACUGACAUUUAAGUAGUGCCCUGCAUGGAAGGAGGCCCCACAAAAAACCUGACGAUUUUGUCAGAUGUAUUUAUUUUAUUUUACUUUAACUCUUUUUGUUGAAGUUAUUUUCGUACUUUAAUUUACUGCAUGUCAUCUCGCUAGUGUAGAAAUGUACAUGAUUGUGGACGUGCACAGACUGCAGGAGUCUCUUUGAAAUUGAGCAAUAUAUUAGGAGAUUCCUGCAUCUGAAAGUAUACACGUCUCAAUCUCAAGUUGGUAGAUUGUACAUAUGUAAAUAGUGUUGUAGGUACAUAUUAAAAAAAAAACAUCAGCAUUGCUAGUUGGUGACCAAAAAAAUGUAAAAAAACAAAAACCAGUAAAAAAAAUUAGAAUUAGAGUUUAGGAACCUUAGUGUUGAUGUAGGUGUAUAAAAGAGUGUAUCAAGAACUUGUGAAUAUUGUAUUUAUCAGGAAAUCGGAACCUUAAAUAUGACAAAGAGUUUGUAAACGUUGGAAUUCUCGGAGGUGAAGCAGCAAUGUUUCUGGACUGGCUGUUCAAAAACAAGCAGAAAUAUCUUCACUUUUGAAAGUUUGCAACAUCUUUUCAUGAGGGAGUUCAUCAUUCCGAUGGCUGUAUAUAAUAACUCCAAAAAUAUUUAGACCUGGGUCUGUUUUAUUCUUUUCUCUCUUUUUUUUCCCUUCAUUUUUCCCCCUACAAAGUUAUCCUCUCUGUGAAGAGGCCAAGAAAGUUAAUUUUAAGCAGCUCAGAUAAUUCCGAAAAGGAUGAAGAUUUUACUUUAUUCAUAACCAAGCAAAAACAGAUGUAUUUUUUGUUUGUUUAUUCAGGACAUUUUUCAGUUUUUUUUUUGUUUCAUUUGAUGAUAGAAAUUACCCAGAAAAGAGUUUUCUCUGCUCGCUCCGAAUGAUGCGAUUAGUAAGACCAACUAGCCAGAGAGGAAAAGAAAGUAUUUUAAUUUAUGUUUCUUUGUUUCUGAUUUUGAUGUUGUAAUAGUCUUAUAUUUAUUUAGAAAUGUGAUGUAGGAUUCAAUGUAAGAAGAAAGUGCACUUUUACAUCCAAGAACAUUUCUGUUUGGUAUUUUUAGGCGAUUUGGUUUUUUUCUUCAAUUCAGUCCACUUGAAAUCAAUACUUUGUGUUGAAAUUAAUUUGCACUUUUCAUGUCGAAAUUAUCAACUUGAAUGUUCAGUUGGGAAAACAAUGACAUUUAAGUUCUGAGCGAAAACAAAGGGUUAUACAUUUCAAGAAGCGAUUCCAAAGGUCUGUUUAUAUGUACAAAGAUAUUUGAUACACAGUGUUUGGAUGUAAAUGAUCAUUUUCCUGAGCAUUUUUUGACUAUUGUAGGGAAAAGCAAAGCAAUGUUGUGCCGCAUUUUGUGAAGAGAAUUGUGCUUAUUUAUUGUGAUACCAAUGUAAGAGGUACGUUUGACUGUACACGCACGAGUCCGUUGGCAGUGUCAAAGUUGUUUUUAUAAACUUGAAAAAAAAUUGGAUGCAACGUUUCUGAUUAUGCGUAGUUUAAGGUUGUAGCAUUUUUGAAAAGUUAAUGUGCUCAAAUGGUAGGGAAAAAACCGAACUGCCUUUAAUUGUUAACCAUCAUUAGGUAAUUGAAACGUCUAGUACCCAGACUGCAGCAGUGUAGACAUAGAAUUAUGAAAAGUAGUCCGGGUCAUUUAUGGCACAAUCCAAACGUACCGUGUUCCGUUCAGUCGGUUUUAACUGUCGUAAUUCCAAGUGUGUGUAGUAAAAAUUGAUCCUUGAAGAUUUGCAGAUUUUACGGCUUCUGCUUCAAAGCACAUUCAAUGUCACUUGUGUGCAUUGUGCUUAAUCAUAAGGGUACAAUUUGCAUUUCUGAAGCACACUAUAAACGUUGAUACCCUCCUUUUUUGAAAAAAAAACCACUUCGUAAAAUCUCGGAAGUUGUACAAUUUAUGUCAAAACCGCAAUAUGCAGGAACAGAAUUUUAUGCUGGUAGAAAUAUGUCAUGUGGUGUUUGAGAAUUGCUGACCACAAUAAUGCGAGAAAUCUCGUUUAAUGUGUUGUAAAUGUUUCGUGUUUUUGCUGAAUGUUAACCGUAAAUCCAACCAUAUGCACUUCACAUGUUUUGGUACCUAACUUAGACAAUAAUUCUAAUUUCUAUGGUCGUUUCACAAACUUCAUUGAAAAAAAGACUCCUGAAAUUCCCAAUCGAGAAUUUUCUCUGCUAGCCGAGUUACAUUUUACGGAGCCUUGAGCUGGCAAAUAAAAUUCUUCUCUUUUGUCCGAGUUGUUAAGGUACCAGCUUAUAUAAACGCCUACUAUGUAUAAAAGU